GAUCAUUCAAGGCUUCACUUGCAAAGGAAUAGAAUUCAACUUUUUUGAAAUUAUAGAAGCAGAUAUUCACUAUGCAUCUACAGAAAAAAGGCUUGAUUGCUUUACUACAAAUUAUUGUCGCCACUUGUGCACGAGAGCCCUCGAGCCCGAUUUGCUCGAGAUAUGACUAUGAAGAGCGGUUGUUAGAAAGAGUCCUUAGAAACGAGUUGGCUCUAGAAACCACUCUGAAUGAAAUAGUGAAAACGAACGCCAAAGUUCUGGAUGCGUUAACACAGUUAGAAGAUGCAAAGACAAAAGUAGACUCUACGUUGACAGUUAUGGAAAAGAAACAAAUCGAAAUGAAAUCACAACUUGCUGAUUUUAUUUCGAAUGCAUCUUAUAUUAUGAACUCAACGUUAGUUGCAAAUGUGGGCGCACUGGUUGAAGCUUCAUCACAGAUAAAAGAAAAUGCUUCAGUGACGGUACAGCAACUUGUAAAGGAAGUCAAUAUUCUUAAAGAUCAGUUAAACGUCCCGACAAUUUACUUCCGUGCGCGCAUUACGGCUCAAAUCACAGUUCUAUCAAGUGGUCAGGAUGUAGUCUUUCCGACUGUGGACGUAAACGAAGGGCAAGGUUAUAAUCCUUCAACAGGAAAAUUCACAGCCUCCAUCCCUGGAAUGUAUCUGUUCAGUGUCCAGUAUUGUGUCUACACUAGCCUGAACUAUGUUUACCUUGAAAUCGUGCAUGGCGACAAGGCAUUACAGAGGUCAACUCACUAUGAUAAUACCGGUUCGGCUCCAUGUGUGACUAUGCAGGUAUCAGCAGCGGUUGCCAUGGGGGAUAUGGUCUGGCUUAAGAAGACAAGUAUGUGGUUAUUACUGAGCUUGAUUGUCUUCACAUGUGCGCGAGAGCCAUCGAGCCCGAUAUGCUCGAGAUAUGACUAUGAAGAACGUUUACUUGAACGAGUCCUUAGAAACGAACUGGCUCUUGAAAACACUCUGAAUGAAAUACGGAAAAUGAACGCCAAAGUUGUGGAUGCUUUAAAACAGAUAGAAGAUGCAAAAGAUUCUUUCAAGUAUGUUGCCAUGUUGGGACUCCGUCUCACAAACCAGCAUUAA